GACAUUUAUAUACAACUCAGAUCAUUCCCCAACACAGCCAAAAGUCUAACCAGCACUCUCAGUUAACCAGAUUCACAAAUGGCCGACCCAAGUCUUUAUACGUAUCCAUCUCCAUUACAAGGGUAUGAAGGUCUCGAACCUCUACCAAAUGACAAAGCCGCAGAUGGCAAAUCAUUCAUAAAUCCCCCCGCAGAGAAGAAGAGCGACGCAUAUAAUGCCUUCGUCCACCCGAUUACCAACGGUGACCGAGCCGGGUUCGAUGUGCACAUCUAUUAUUUCCAGAGUGACCCAGAAGAGACAAAGUUUGCACACGAACUAUGGGAACGGAUACGGCGCGAAUUUCCUGAGCUGCGCAUCUAUAGAGUAUGGGACAGACCUAUCGGUCCACACCCCGUGGCCAUGUUCGAAGUGAAUAUCUUCACACCUGAGCAAUUCGGAGCAUUCAUUCCCUGGCUUGUGAUCAAUCGAGGCCCAUUGUCAGCACUUAUCCAUCCUAAUACGGACGAAGAGGAAAGAGACCAUUCACAGCGAGCAACGUGGAUGGGGCAGCCCUUGCCUCUUAGUUUCAAGAUAUUCAAAAGCAGCAAGCCUACGUAGUUUCUUGUGGCACAAUCAAGGAGAGUCAUAAUGAGUCCAAUUGGUGAUUUGAGGAAGUGACCUCUCCAGACGUCGUAUGCGCCAUAAUCUUCUCGAUAUUGAUCUGAAUUGUCUGACGUGAAUGUUGUCUUGCCUGAUUCUUCUUCCGCUUCCCUACGCGACAGGUGUUGCUUAUGUGAGGGAGAGCCGCCUAUCGCUGCCCUCUAUUAACAUUGCACCAUGGAAAUGGUACCAAUCGUGCACCGUACUAAUGGCGAAAGGACGUGGGCGACGUCCAUCGGACUUUUGGAUUAUUCAAGAAUUUCCUCUUUCCAGUGCUUCAUCCCUUGACUUCACCAGCAGCUCCCUUUUUCUUCUUCUUAUCCUUCUUCUUCUUCGUGCG